AUGCUGCCUACGCGUGGGCGGCUCACCGAUGUGGUGUGCCCAGCUCAUCGGGAUGGCGAGUGUGAAUCGCGCCGUGUCGCAUGCCCAUUUUCGCAUGAUCUAUCCAAGGUACGGCCGCCUCCACGUAUAGAUGAACCUGCGCCCAAACGUCGACACAUGGAAUCUGGCGUCAGUGCGAGUCCAGCGGACUCCUUGCGAGCCUCUACUAGUGCCUCCGUAGGGCCGAGCUCGACCCUGGUAUGCCCAAGACUUACGUCGAAAGAUCAUUCCGUUACCUCCAAGAUCUCCCUUGCGACGCGCCAAGAUGGCGUGAAAAAAAUGUUUACGACGUUAUGCCGAUUCUACGCGCCUCUUCUUCAACAUUCCCAUCCUACGAUCCAGUCCUGGGGUCGGCAGAUGGCAGCUGUUCAUGCGAAGAGUAUGGAAGUAGAGGUCUUCAAGCAUGCCAGUGAGUAUUCCUACAAAACGUCCUGUAUGACAGCGGCGGCUAGCGUACUCAAACGCGCUACAGAUGUGCUACAGUCUUCGCUGGAUGAUGCACAGCAGGUCCUGGAGCAAGGGGAUACCAAGGCUGCGUACGAUACAUUGCAAUCAUGCACUGAAAUUGGUACGCACACCGAUGUGGUUAAAAAAAGGGAGCAGGCGUCCCUACGUCAACGUGGUCGUUUGACGCGCACUCGGUUGGCCAAAGCAGGGUUCCUAUGCCCGAAAGGCGAUCUCGCUACACUAGGCUACCUUACUUCUUUGCCUGAAGAAUGGGGUCCAGGAAGUACCAAACCUGACGCGACAGGCGAGGAACAAACUUGCGUUCGGUGCGGGAUGCCAUUUACUGUGGGGCCUUUAGGCGUGUCGCAUGACCUACGACCUGGGCAGCAAGACCCAGAGGCAUGCCGGUACCAUCCAGGACGUCCACGACGCGAGGCCACCAGCGACCCCCGUGCACGCAAAGUGCUUCGCUGGACUUGCUGCGGUCGCGCUGUAGAUACCCAGACCCUGGGCGACGACCGAUGUGCUACAGGGCCUCAUGUGUUUAAGGAAGAACAGCCUCGCGAGAUGCAUCGUCGUUCUGCGUAUGUAACAUGGCAUGAUCUCGAGCAUGACACGUCCGAGCUAUUGGAUGUGGCGGCGCUAGACUGUGAAAUGAGCUACUCUACAGCCGGUUUGAGCGUGACACGUAUUACGCUGGUCGAUGCUAUGGGAGAUGUGGUAUUUGACGAGCUCAUUCAGUGCUCUGACGGCGUCUCUAUCGUGGACUUUAAUACUCAGUUCUCCGGUAUUCAGCCGGACGAGUACGAAGCCAAGGCUAUAUUUGAUUUGGAGGCUGCCCGUCGCGCUUUAGCGCAGUACAUUGGCCCUGAAACCGUCUUGAUUGGCCAUGGAUUGGAAAACGACUUGCAUGCUAUCCGCCUAGUGCACACGAAUGUGGUAGAUACCUGCUACCUCUUUCCACACCCGCGAGGCUUGCCCUAUCGCCUGGCCCUGCGCGAGCUUGUAGGCCAGCAUCUCGGGAAAAUUAUCCAGGCAGGCGGCGCAAGUGUGGGCCACUCCUCUGCUGAAGAUGCACAAAUGACAUUGGAGCUUGUGCGCUGGAAAUGGCUAGAUGCGUGCUCCUAG